AGUGUGAGUUGUGUUGAAGAUAAUAAUAGAAAUAGGGCAGGGUCCAGCAGACAAACGCGCUUCAGCCGAGAUCGAUUUCGCAAUUUAAUGACAUAGACACAAUGACAUAAACAGGAACGACAGGACUGAGAAAACGCGUUUGAUGGCUCAUAGUGAAACGGCUCGACACGACGCACGCGGAGUUCAGCGAUCCACAGAGCUGCGCUGUCGUUACUUCAGAAACGACUAUACAUGCGCUCCGAUAAAUAAGUUCUUCUGAAACGCUUUUGUUUCAGGACAUGGAUGCAUUUUCUGGAGUGUGAUAUCGUUUCUUCGAGUCGUGACGAGCGUGUGCGUGAUCUAUGCAGUUAUUCAAUUCUUGCCAUUUUUUUCCUCGUCCAGACCUAUAUAUGCUGCUAAGCGGAUUUUUACAUUUUGAUCUAAAAAUGAAACCAUAAUCGUCUUCAUUGUUGGUUACAUUGUUGACGACAUCACGUCAGUGUUAUUUGCUGGUUUGGUGCCACUAGUAGAGCUACCAGGAAUGGCAGCUAUGCAGUGUGCUGGUUGAGAAGCUGUACUGUUGGGGUUGGGGUCAUUUAACAAACUGAUGAAAAAAUGAAUUCCAUUCCGGAGGCCAUUUCUCUUUCCGUACCCUCUCUCUGCCAACCCCUAGACAUGAUGGGAGGGAGUAAUGGAGAAUCCAGUGGCAGCGUGAACCCUGGUGCUGGGACCUUCUGGCAGGACCCCUCCAGCUGUAAGAGCGCCAACCCUGGGGUGAUCAGUUUGCCCUCAGACAGUGGGAACUUGUUGACCACGGGUAAAUGUAAGAGCCGAGCCGUGCAAGUGGCCUAUGUGAGGAACUCUGAAACGAGCCAACCUCUCAGCCCGGAGAACAUGGCUUUACAGUGUCUGAAGGAUGCUUGUGACAUUGUGGGGUUUAAACUAGACAUAGUCCCCUUUGGGAAGCUGGACUUUGGUGAAACGUCAGUUCUUGAUCAUUUUUACAAUGCAGAUAUUGCAGUGGUUGAACUGACGGAUGCAUUUCGACAGCCCUCUCUCUUCUAUCACUUGGGUGUGCGAGAGAGUUUCAGCAUGGUCAACAACAUCAUUCUUUACUGUGAUCUCAACUCCGACUCGCUGCACUCUCUUCAGGAGGUGGUAUGUCAGAAGAAUAUGACAUGUACCGCUAACUACACGUUCAUUCCAUACAUGGUGACGCCUCAGAAUAAGGUGUAUUGCUGUGAGAGCAGUCUGAUGAAGGGUUUGAGUGAGCUGAUGCAGCCUAACUUUGAGGCCCUGCUGGGGCCCAUCUGUAUGCCACUACUGGACAGACUCACUCAACUGCUCACCAGCUGCAAGACCAACACCUGCCAGUACUUCCGUGAGACGGUUCUGAAUGAGAUCCGUAAAGCGCGAGAGCUUUACACCGGAGCAGAGCUAGCGGCUGAGCUCCGACGGAUCCAGCAGCGGCUCGAUAACGUGGAGUGUCUUUCAGCUGAUGUCGUCAUCAAUCUCCUUCUGUCAUACAGAGAUAUUCAGGAUUAUGAAUCUAUUGUGAAGUUAGUUGAAACACUGGAAAAGCUGCCGACCUUUGACCCAGUGGCUCAUCCUCACAUAAAGUUCCACUACGCCUUUGCCCUCAACAGGAGAAAUCUACCAGGAGACAGACAGAAGGCUCUGGACAUUAUGUUGCCAUUGGUGAACUCGGAUGAGCAGGUGGCAUCUGAUAUUUAUUGCCUUGUAGGCCGAAUCUAUAAGGAUAUGUUCCUGGACUCUCAUUUCACCGACACGGAUGGCAGAGAUCAAGGCAUGCACUGGUUUAGAAAAGGUUUUGAAUCGGAGCCCACGCUGCACUCUGGUAUAAACUAUGCAGUGCUGCUGCUGGCUGCAGGACAUCAGUUUGACUCCUCCUUUGAGCUGCGUAAAGUAGGUGUGAAGUUGAGCAGUCUCCUGGGGAAGAAGGGCAGUUUGGAUAGAUUACAGAGUUACUGGGACGUGGGUUUCUUUCUCGGGGCUAGUAUUCUCGCCUGCGACAACACACGAGUCAUCCAGGCCUCUGAGAAACUCUUCAAACUUAAAGCUCCUAUUUGGUAUCUACGCUCGCUGGUUGAGACCAUCCUCAUCUAUAAGCACUUUACAAAACCAACCACUGAUCCACAGGCCCCUAAACAAGAGCUUGUGGACUUCUGGAUGGACUUCAUGGUGGAAGCCACCAAAAAGGAUGUGACAUCUGUCCGUUUUCCUGUAUUGAUACUGGAGCCCACUAAAGUGUACCAGCCAUCGUACCUCUCAAUCAACAACGAUGUGGAAGAGAACACGCUAUCCAUCUGGCACGUGACCCCUGACGACAGAGGUAUAGGGAUCCACGAGUGGAAUUUCAGUGCAGCAUCAGUACGAGGUGUGAGCAUCUCCAAAUUUGAUGAGCGCAGCUGUUUUCUGUAUGUGGUGAACAACUCAGAAGACUUCCAAAUCUAUUUCUGCACAGAGAUGCACUGCAAAAGGUUCUGUGAUCUGGUAAACACGCUCACUGAGGAGGCCUGGAAAGGCUCAGAAGAGACUGAGUGUGAAUCAGAGGCUUUAGAGUAUGAUUAUGAAUACGCUGAGCAUGGAGAGAGGGUGGUUCUGGGUAAGGGCACAUUUGGGGUAGUCUAUGCCGGUCGUGACCUCAGUAACCAGGUGCGCUUAGCCAUCAAAGAGAUUCCUGAACGGGACAGUAGAUAUUCACAGCCUCUGCAUGAAGAAAUCGCCCUGCAUAAACACCUCAAGCACAAGAACAUCGUGCAGUACCUAGGCUCCAUCAGCGAGAACGGCUUCAUCAAGAUCUUCAUGGAGCAGGUGCCUGGAGGCAGUCUGUCAGCAUUGCUCAGGUCAAAGUGGGGUCCUCUAAAAAACAAUGAGCCAACUAUCGGUUUCUACACCAAACAGAUAUUGGAGGGUAUAAAAUACCUGCAUGACAACCAGAUAGUUCACAGAGACAUUAAGGGGGAUAAUGUCUUGAUAAACACCUACAGCGGAGUUUUGAAAAUCUCUGAUUUUGGAACAUCCAAACGUCUUGCCGGGAUAAACCCCUGCACCGAAACCUUUACUGGUACGUUACAGUACAUGGCCCCUGAAAUCAUCGAUAAAGGGCCGCGUGGGUACGGCAAGCCAGCGGACAUCUGGUCUCUGGGCUGCACCAUUAUAGAAAUGGCUACUGGGAAACCGCCCUUCUAUGAGCUGGGGGAGCCGCAGGCAGCAAUGUUCAAGGUUGGGAUGUUUAAAAUCCACCCGGAGAUUCCUGACUCUAUGUCCACUGAAGCCAAAGCAUUUAUCCUGCGCUGUUUCGAGCCUGACCCAGACAGCCGAGCCACGGCCAAUGAUUUACUCACCCACGAAUUCCUCACCGUUACAUCACGCAAAAAACGAUCAAAGAACAGUAGUUUCACAGCUCUUACACCAGGACCUGUUAUGGCCCAACAUUUUGUAUUUCUCCAGGUAAAUAAAGUCCUUCAUAACCACAACAUAAAGCCGCACUGGAUGUUUGCCCUGGAUAACAUCAUUCGAAAGGCUGUACAGACUGCCAUCAUCAUAUUAGUACCUGAAUUGCGGCCACACUUCACGCUGGCGUCUGAGAGCGACCCCGCUGAGCAAGAGGACAUUGAUGACGACACAGUUCCUCAGGGGAACGCUGCCCUUAAGGAUAGAGCGCCACCUUUCGCUCAUCAUGACGACACUGUGGCCACAUCUGGAGUGAGCACGCUCAGUUCAACAGUUUCCCAUGAGUCUCAGAGCGCUCAGCGAUCGAUUAGCAUGGAGCUGGGUCGCAUGAAGCUAGAAACCAAGAGGUUGUUGGAGGAAUUAAUAGAGAAGGAGAGAGAGUAUCAGGCCAUCGUACAGCAAGUGCUGGAGGAGAGAGAACAGGAGAUCAAACUACUGAGGUGUCGAUCCGGGCCCGCAGAUGUUUCUGUGCACCUCAUGAGCACAAGUAGUUCAUUCGAUCGAGAAGGAGACCAGGAACUUCUGGAAUGGCUUAAACACCACGGGGCAGAUGCAGAUUCCAUCGAGAGGAUUCUAGCUGAAGAUUACAGUCUUGAUGACAUCCUUCAUUAUGUCACAAGAGACGACUUAAAGGCUUUGAGAUUACGCGGUGGAGUCCUGUGUAAACUCUGGAGCGCUAUCACUGAGCACAGAACGACGGCGGGCUGAAGACGACAGCCACGUGCAAUCCAGAGCAAAUAUCUAGUGGGAUCAAUUCAAGUCUUUGUGAUGGUACAGAUCACAUGUAAAUACGUGUUUUAACUUUUUUUUUUGUGUGUGUGUGCUGUCAAACGAUUAAUCGCGAUUAAUCGCA